AGUAGCAAAUGAAACAUUAACGCUUGUGGUUAUUAAUCAUACGUUGCACCGACGUUCCAAUCGAAUUAAUUGCCUCCUAACUAACGGGUUUUUACCAUCAAUGCAAAAUCCGCAUCUCUUAUAAUCGGUUGAUCAAAUGAGAACUUGUGAAUUGUCUGUCAUGGCCGAUCACCAAACUCUCUCCGCUGUCUUCUUCCUCCUGCUCGUCCCGCACGCCGCGUGCAUGGCCAUGGCCAAGCCGUCCUCCUCCACGCUGCUGCAGGACAAGUGCGAGCUCUACGCCGCCGGCGACCGGCCCAGCUACGACUACUGCAUCAGGACGCUGCGGGCGGACAGGGCGAGCGCCACCGAUGACGAGCGCGGGCUCGCCGCCAUCGCGGCCAGGAUCGCCCGCGCGACCGCCGUGGCCACGGGCGCCAAGAUCGCCAGGCUGCAGCGCGGCGAGACGGCGCCCGCGCGGCGGGACGGCCUGGCCGCCUGCGCCGCGGAGUACGCCGCCGCCGUGCGCCGGCUCGGGCGCGCCGCGAGGGACGUCGUGUCGCGCUCGCGCGGCGGGGCCGGGGCGAGGGAGAUGCGCGAGGCGCAGACGCUGCUGGCGGAGGUGACUGGCGCGCCGGAGCGCUGCGACGUCGCGUUCGAGGCCGCCGGCGGACAGGGGUCGCCGCUGGACGCCGUGGACCGAGAUCGAGCUCGACGUCGUGGUCGGGUUGGCCUCCGACAUCCUGCCGCCGACGAGGCCGACGUGAUGUGAUCUGGCACGCUUAGCUCGCGAGUGAUUAACCACACUAUAUAUAUGGAUUUCGUGAGAUUAUUGAAGGUAAAAUUUCACGUUGAAGAGUUCGAAUCUCAGCUUAAAAGUUUCAAUGUAAAAAAUUUGUAGUUUUAAAAAUUUCUGGUUGUGUUUCUUACAAGAAAUAAAGUUCGUCGCAGUAUGAGGCGCACACUAGAUGAUCCUAAAUCUAAUAACUCGUGACGUCUGCCCAAGAUAUGAAUGAAGUACGAAAGGUCAUGUAGCCUG